GUAUUCCUUCACAAAAUCAGAUCGAAAACGGAAAACCGAAAACAAAGAAAAGUAAACAACAAAAACACGCCGAUAUAAUAAAAAGCACCGAUUCACCCAUUAAAAUAUCCCAAAAAAACCAACCCAGAGCUCGCUCUCUUCCGCUCUCUGUCUCUUUUUAUCUUUUGGGUCAAUUGGAAUUAGAUCUGAACUUGUUAAUUGGAAAUUUUCUUUAAGGUUUCAAAUUGGUCUUCAAUUCCUAAGGGUUUCUUCAAGUUUGUUGACUUCCGGGUUUUCGCGUUCGGUGUGUUGUUCGAUUUUUAUAUAACUAGGGCUUUUUUUUAGGGUUUAUUGGAUAUGGUGGAUUCGGAGAGAAUGAGCACAUCGCCAUCACCGACAACGGCGUCGUCACGGUCUCUGCCGCCUAAGCAGUACGGAGUUACGAAGCCGAUAUCUAUGUCGGGACCGUCAGAGGCUGAUAUUCAGAGAACCCGUGAAUUAAAGAAGUUUCUGGCUGAAGCCGGGCUUUAUGAGAGCAAAGAGGAAGCGGCGAAGAGAGAAGAGGUUCUGGGUCGUAUUAGACAGAUUGUUAAAGAUUGGGUGAAGGAUCUUACUCGCUUGAGGGGAUACUCUGAUCAGAUGGUGGAGGACGCAAAUGCUUUAAUUUUUACUUUUGGAUCUUAUCGUCUUGGGGUACAUGGUCCUGGUGCUGACAUAGACACAUUAUGUGUUGGACCAUCCUAUGUUAAUCGAGAGGAAGAUUUCUUCUUCAUAUUACAUAACAUCCUGGCGGAAAUGGAAGAAGUUACUGAACUGCAGCCUGUUCCAGAUGCUCAUGUCCCUGUGAUGAAAUUUAAGUUUGAUGGAAUAUCAAUUGACCUUCUAUAUGCAAGUAUCUCUCACUUGGUUGUUCCAGAGAAUUUGGACAUCUCUGACAUGUCUAUAUUGUAUGAUGUUGAUGAACCAACUGUUCGGAGUCUCAAUGGAUGUCGGGUUGCAGAUCAAAUUCUUAAGCUUGUUCCAAAUGUUGAGCAUUUUCGUACAACACUCAGAUGUUUAAAGUUUUGGGCUAAAAGGCGUGGUGUUUAUUCCAACGUGACUGGAUUCCUUGGUGGUGUGAACUGGGCCCUUCUCACAGCUCGUGUGUGCCAGCUUUACCCUAAUGCUGUUCCUAGUAUGCUUGUUGCUCGGUUUUUUCGGGUUUACACAUUGUGGCGCUGGCCUAACCCAGUUAUGCUCUGUGCAAUUGAGGAGGCUGAGCUUGGGUUUUCUGUUUGGGACCCUCGUAAAAAUCCUCGUGACAAAACUCAUCAUAUGCCAAUCAUAACACCUGCUUACCCAUGCAUGAAUUCUAGCUAUAAUGUGUCAACGAGCACUCACCGCGUUAUGGUGGAUCAGUUUCAAUUUGGUAACAAGAUUUGUCAGGAAAUAGAGUUAAAUAAAGCUCAAUGGAGUGCUCUGUUUGAACCGUACUUUUUCUUUAAUAGCUACAAGAACUAUCUCCAAGUUGACAUAGUUGCAGCUGAUGUUGACGAUUUGCGAGCUUGGAAAGGUUGGGUGGAAUCUCGGCUAAGGCAGCUGACUCUGAUGAUUGAGCGUGACACGAAUGACAAAUUGCAGUGCCAUCCUUAUCCUCAUGAGUAUGUAGAUUUAUCCAAGCCAUGCACCAAUUGUUCAUUCUUUAUGGGUUUACGAAGAAAACCAGGAGAGAUGGUUCAGGAAGGCCAGCAGUUUGAUAUUCGUGGGACGGUUGAAAAUUUUAAGCAUUCAAUUAAUAUGUAUAUGUUUUGGAAGCGGGGGAUGGAAAUUUGUGUUUCUCAUGUUCUUCGAAAGCAGAUUCCUUCUUAUGUUUUUCCUGAAGGUUAUAAACGAUCUCGGCACCCAAAAUUUCCACCCCAGCUGCAGUCCGAUAAGCAAUCUCGUGAAGAUGGUGAUGCAGAUCAGACUGGGUCCAGUAAUAGAUUGCUUAAAAGGAAAAAAGAUCCAGAUGCUGUGGACGAAGAUACUCCAAGAAAACGAUGGUCUAUUAGCCCUCAGAGGCAGAGUUCUAGAUCACCAGAGCUUAUGGCACCCAGUAGCUUGAAUUCUAGGACUGAAUCAAAUUUUGGCCAGAUGAACUCAAAUAAAAACUUACUGGAACAGGAUAUUGUGGAGGUUGGAAGUGUCUCGAACUCCAGCGUUAUCACAUCCCUGACGAGUGAUGAUGUUGGAAAUGAGUCUGUAGCAGGUAGCACAGAGGGAAAUAACGGAAGCACCAAUGGGAGUGUUGAAGGGAGUAAUAACCUUGGAUCUUCUCAAAGCGAUUCUUGUGAUGCAGAUUCUGAAUCCCUCUUGGAGAAUGGGAAUCUUGAUGCCAAUGGAGUAUUUUGCAACAGAUUGCAGGGAGAGUUAGAGCCGAGUGCUGGGCUUGGAAAAGUUCUUCAAUCUAUGGGUGGCAUUGACUCAGAAACAGUGCAGAAACCAGUAAUAAGGUUGAGUUUGACAACAACAGCCUAAGAGAUCCAGAAGUUACAAAGAAACAUUGUAUUAUUGGUAAAAGUAUACAGAAAGGCAAAAGCCAGCAUUUCUGGUAAGUGCUAUUUCAUUGCUGGCUUUCAUUUGGUUUGUUUUUUCAGGCAUGCUUGUCAGUAUCUUCACGAGCAGACCUGUAAGGCAUGAUCUGAAAGCGAGUUGUGGGGUGUAGCUUGACCAUCUUUUCUGCACAGUUUUUUUAAAUCCUUCAUCUACUUAGUAAUAUAUCCUCUUCUCCACAAGCAGUAAGGUAUUCCAAGCUCUGGUAGUGUGUUGCUAGAGUGAAUACUGAAUUGGAAGACAGUGAAAAUAGUUUUAUAGGUUGUUGUUUUUUUGGCUUUUGGGUGGUGGGGGUGUGACAAUCUCUUAGUGUGGUCUCUCUUUUAACUUGGUGGUGGGUUUUCUGUGGUUAAGAUUAGCCCAUCUUGUUUUAGGAUAAAAAAUGAAAUGGGGGUAUAUUGUAUUGUCCUUUGACCUUUCAACACACUAUGUGUAUACUUUGUGAUGUAAUGUAAUAAAGUUAUAUUGGAUCUCUCUGCA